AUGUUCCGACGACGGUGCAGAUGUGACGUGAUGCCCAUUGUUUUGGGUCCCCCGACCAAUGGAACGCAGCGGCUGGAUCCUACGGGUGCCGGGAUGGGCCCCUCGUGGCGGCAGCAGGACUCUCCCCUGCCGACCAUAACGCAUUGCGCAGUGUGCACCACCGCCCGGUCCUCCUGCGGCUUUAACGGCACCGGUAUGGACGCGCCGCGCCAGUUUCCGGCGGGCUUCGGCCCAGAGCAGCAGCAGCGCCCGUCGCACUGUCAGCAGCAGCACGGCCAGGACAAGCAGAGCCUUCAGCAGCAGCAGCAGCAGCAGCAGCAGCAGAGCCCAUGCCUCCAGUGCAACAACUGCGCCCACUACGGGGCUGCUGCGGCAGCCGCGGGGGAUAACCUACCUCUGCUGCUCCGCACCAUCUCGCCCCACUCGGGCACGUUCCGGACUCAUUCCUCACCGCUGUCUUCAACUGCCUCCUCCCGGCAGGGCAGCCAGCUGAACGUCAGCGAGUUCACCCCCUCCAGCUAUGCCGGCGCGUCCAGGCAGCACCACCAGUACGUCCAAUACCACCAGUGCCCCAGCUUGCAGCAGCAGCAGGCAGCGAGCCCCAGCAGCAGUAUCAGCAGCGGCAGCACCCACCACUACCAUCACCACCAUCAUCUCCACCACCACCACCAGCGCCGGGAGAGCAACCCAUUCACCGAAAUAGCCAUGAGCAGCUGCAGGUACAACGGCGGCGUCAUGCGGCCGCUCAGCAACCUGAGCUCGUCCCGGAGGAACCUCCAGGAGCUGGAUUCUGAGUCGCAGCCGCUUCAGCAGCCUCUCGCCAGCCCCGCUGCCGCCGCCACCGCGGGCACCCCCACUGCUCCGGAGAUCGUGGUCUCCAAACCCGAGCACAACAACUCCAACAACCUUGCUCUCUACGGCCCCUCCGGCCCUGGGCCUGGGCCUGGCCCCGGCCCCGGCCCGGGCAGCGCCAACAGCGGCGGGGGCAAAUCCAGCAAGAAGAAGAACCAGAACAUCGGGUACAAGCUGGGGCACCGCCGGGCGCUCUUCGAGAAGCGCAAGCGCCUCAGCGACUACGCGCUCAUUUUCGGCAUGUUCGGCAUCGUCGUCAUGGUCAUUGAGACUGAGCUCUCCUGGGGCGCCUACACCAAGGAGUCGCUGUAUUCCCUUGCUCUGAAAUGCCUUAUUAGCCUCUCCACGAUUAUCCUGCUCGGGCUCAUCAUCGUGUACCAUGCAAGGGAAAUACAGUUGUUCAUGGUGGACAAUGGAGCAGAUGACUGGAGAAUAGCCAUGACUUAUGAGCGUAUUUUCUUUAUCUGCUUGGAAAUACUGGUGUGUGCUAUACAUCCCAUACCUGGGAACUAUACAUUUACAUGGACAGCCCGGCUCGCCUUUUCUUACGCUCCAUCCACAACAACAGCUGAUGUGGAUAUUAUUUUGUCUAUACCAAUGUUCUUAAGACUAUAUCUUAUUGCCAGAGUUAUGCUUUUGCACAGCAAACUUUUCACUGAUGCCUCAUCUAGAAGCAUUGGAGCAUUAAAUAAGAUAAACUUCAAUACCCGUUUUGUUAUGAAGACUCUCAUGACAAUAUGUCCAGGAACUGUACUUUUGGUUUUUAGUAUCUCAUUAUGGAUAAUUGCUGCAUGGACUGUCCGAGCUUGUGAAAGAUACCAUGAUCAACAGGAUGUUACUAGCAACUUUCUUGGAGCAAUGUGGUUGAUUUCAAUAACUUUCUUAUCCAUUGGAUAUGGUGACAUGGUACCUAAUACAUACUGUGGGAAAGGAGUCUGUUUACUCACUGGAAUAAUGGGUGCUGGGUGUACUGCACUGGUGGUAGCUGUGGUGGCAAGAAAGUUAGAACUUACCAAAGCAGAAAAACAUGUGCAUAAUUUCAUGAUGGACACCCAACUAACUAAAAGAGUGAAAAAUGCAGCAGCCAAUGUACUCAGGGAAACAUGGUUAAUUUAUAAAAACACAAAGCUGGUUAAAAAGAUAGACCAUGCAAAAGUAAGGAAACAUCAACGCAAAUUCUUGCAAGCUAUUCAUCAGUUAAGAAGUGUAAAAAUGGAACAAAGAAAACUGAAUGAUCAAGCCAACACUUUGGUGGACCUCGCAAAGACUCAAAACAUCAUGUAUGACAUGAUUUCUGACUUAAAUGAAAGAAGUGAAGAUUUUGAGAAGAGAAUUGUUACACUGGAAACUAAACUGGAAACUUUAAUUGGUAACAUUCAAGCUCUCCCUGGACUGAUUAGCCAGACCAUCAGCCAGCAACAGAGGGAUUUCCUCGAGGCUCAGAUACAAAAUUACGAUAAGCAUGUUGCCUACAGUGCUGAACGAUCACGAUCUUUGUCAAGAAGAAGGAGAUCAUCCUCUACAGCACCACCAACUUCAUCAGAGAGUAGCUAGAAGAUAAUAAGUUAACCACAAAAUAAAGACUUUUUGCCAUCAUAUGGUCAAUAUUUUAGCUUUUAUUGUAAAGCCCUAUGGUUCUAACCAGUGUUAUCUGGGUUCUGAUGUCAGAAUCCUGGAAACCUGAAUAUGCUUUAGGCCAAAAUGAGUUUAAAACUCUUCUUUUUUCCCCCCUCCUCCUCUCAGAUGCACAGUGAAUGCACCUAUUACUGCUAUAUUAGAUUGUUCCUUCUGUAAUUUCGCUAACUUUUUAAUCAUGCACUUCAAACAAGUUUUACUACUAUAGUAUAUAAUAUAAUAAAAAGGUUAAUUUCUGCACAUAGUUGCUUCGUUACUUGGACUUAACAAUU